AGCAAGUUUAAACUUCUUCUGCGCAGGCGCGAGCGCACCGCAAACUCCUCCAGUUGCGCUUUCUUUGACUGCGCCUGCGCCUAGCUAUACGUUCCUAAAUGGCUUCCUUCUUUUCUCAAACGAAUCAAUCAAUCAAUCUUGGCGUGUCAACCGGAGGAAAAGGGUUGGAGGGAUGUAUAUAAGCCUCAACAAAAGCCCAGAUCUGUCAUUAGGCCUAAAAGCCUCAAGCAUUCUCCAGAUUUCCAAGGGCAAAAACAACAACAUUGCUUUUGAAACGAAGAUUUCGUCCAACAUCGGCCUAAGGAGACAAAAGAUGAGUCUAUUAAAGACUAUCUUGCUCGCGGCGCAUUUGUUGUCUAUCAUGGCGACAUCACUAGGACUAUAUUCAUCGGAAGCGAUCAGAAUGAAGCCUGAUUUAACGGAAAUGGCAGCCGAGCCGAUCAGAGACAUUUUGGCGGAAAUUACCGAGAAUCGUUUCUCCACCAUCUUCAUCUCCGACGGCUACUCCGUUCAUAGUAGUGUUUUAGAGAAAAUUGGGUCCUCUGCAGCGCCCCAAGGAAUCGGUGUUAUUGAGGUGUCUUCCAGUGACAACAUUUCCAACAUGGAGGCUGACUCGCCCGAGGUACUACUCUCGACGGCCAGAGAGCUGCGCAAACUGUCCUGGAAGACACUGGUGGUUGUGACGAGUAGCAACUCUUCGUUCUUAACGUCUUUUUCCAAUUGGUCGUUGAGCAAACGCCUCGUGGGGCCUGAGACCAAGUUACUGGCAGUCACUCGCACCAACCAGGCAAACAUCAAUCAGAUUCUCAGGAGCUCAUGGACAUUUUCCAUGAUGAAUGCCAUGGUACUCAAUCUCGAGGGAGCUGGAAACGGAACGAGGUGUAGCCUCUACUCUCACAUGCCAUACUCGCCAAGAGGAAAGGAUCAGAUAUACAAAUUAGCAACCUGGAGAAAGAAUAGGGGGUUUUCUCUCACCUCAGAACUUCAGAUAUUUCCCCCGAAAUUUAACAAUUUCUUUGGAUUUGCUGUGCCAGUCACGGCUCUUCCAUUUCCCCCAUUUUGGGACGAGAAGAAACCACCUGGAAACAGCUCAGCUGUCACCUACUCUGGGACAGAUUUCUACCUUCUGGAUGCCAUCGCCCAAGCGCAUAACUUUACGAUCUACGUCGUUCCGACAAAGGACUGGGGUGAGGUACUGGACAAAGUCGAAAUACGGGAGUCCUACAUAGCCUCAGUCUUCCACGCCGUCCUGCCCAUGCGCCUCAAGAGAUUCGACUACUCCUCUGUAUACGAGUACAGCUCCGUUGACUUCAGCUUUGCUAAACCAGAGGUGAAGCCGCAAUGGCAGAGUCUGUAUUACCCUCUCAGCCAAGGAGUUUGGAUCUCCACUGGGGUGUUGCUCGUCAUAAUGGCAGGAUUAGUGAUUACGUUCGUUCGAGUUUCCGACUCUUUCAUGGAAAAGAACAGACUAGAUACUGGAACAGCCCUUCUCGAAACACUGGGAACACUUCUGGGGCAGAACCUGUCUCACGGCUUUCCGAAAAGUCAGUCGUGGAGAGUCUUGCUCGGGUUCUGGAUGAUCUUCGCCUUCAUCUUCGGCUCCGCUUUCCGGGGGAAUCUGAUUGCUUAUCUUACACUUCCCAAGUAUCCUCCACGACCUGAGAAUUUGAAAGAACUACUGAGAGUGGCUGAAAGGAUAACGAUGCCACCAUAUGGGAAGGACUUCAAAGCAUUUUUCAGCCAGUCAGAUUCUGAGGACUUCAUAAAACUUGCGAAGCUCAUGCAAAUUGUGCCAUCAGUCCAUGAGGGGCAAGAACAGGCUCUCCAAGGGAGGCAAGGCCACUUGGACACACGUCGUUACCAGGAGCACUACAUUGCACAGUUCCACACUCGUAUCGAUGGGUCUACAAAACUCUAUGUUGCGCGAGACGGCGUCUUGCCAGGGAAAUCCGCUUGGCCUCUACCCCAUGACGCUCCCUAUGCACCAGUCAUUAACAGAGGUCUCAUCGCUGUGCUUGAGGCAAGCCUCUACGAACACUGGAGCAAGCAGCUGAUCGAGGAAACGAAAAGUGAAACGAGGCGUAGGCUACGAGAAAAGCAAGCGAUGAUGGUACAAGAAGGGAUCACUGAUCAUUCAACAGAUAGUAGUGGUCAAGCUACCAUGGCAUUAACCCUGGUCCACAUCCAAGGACCCCUCAUGCUGCUACUUAUUGGUCACAUUUUAGCUCUAUCUGCCUUUGCUUCAGAAUAUGUGUUGUCUUUUUAUGUGAAAGUUUGACAUUUCUAACCGUUUUCUCCAUUGACAUUGCACGACAUAACUCAAUCAUUCAAAUCUUAUGGGACUCCAAUUUGUAGGAACAGCACCUAACAUUUCUUUCGCCUUGUAGUACAAUGUAAUAAUCGAACCUUCCAAAUUCUACCGUUGGUGCUGUUUUCAUAUUUCAGUAUCUACAAUGUUAAUCUUUGAUUACCAUAGUAGAUUUCUACCACUGAAAAUACACUUGAUUAAUCAUAUGUGACCCCCUCCCUUAUUUUGCACUUAUAAACAAGGAUGUACGGUAUGUUCAGUAACCAUCUUGUAAGGUUUCUUUCCACUUAAUACAUGCAAAAUUCAUCAACAAAUAAUUAGCAUAAAAAGACAUCCAGAAAUUAAAUGGUUUUUUUUUUUACAAAGCAUAAAAUGACAUACAUACAUGCAAUUAAGAAUUGUAAUAUUUUUGUUUAACUGAAAAACAAAUACGUAUAUAUUUUUAAGCUUAAUAAUGUCAACAAAAAUUAGUAACUUAUUUAUUUCACAAAGCAUAAAAUGACAACUACGCACUAGUAUCCAGAAUUGCAAUAUUACUGUUUAACUGAAAGAACAUUUUUAAUACAUUCUGUAACACAAUCAGAUUCAACAGUAGGCAGCCAUUCAACCAAACAGCAUGAAUAUAAUGGUAAACCAUAUCUACUUCCCUUAAAAUUUUCAAUAAAUGAACACUAAAAUGACGAACUAUGAACUUUAGCACAGACAUUUUCAAGAAAUAUAAAGUGUACAUCAAGUACAUCAGACAGUGACAUUUUCCACAUAUUAUGAUCAUUGUACUAACACCAGUAAAACUAUGAAGCAUG